AUGACAUCCCCGCUGACCGCACCCCAGGCUCCUCCAACAUGGACACAUACACCUGAAGAGGUGCAAAGGUUGGCGAAUGCAGCAAUCGCGGAGUACCGCGCCACAGAAGACCGCGUCGCUGCCUUCACGCCGGAGGAGUGCAACUUCGACUCGUUCGCUCUCGCCCUCGCCGAAGGCAAGCGCAUCGCAACAGUAGAACCCCUCGCAUUCUACCAGAACGUGUCUCCGUCCCAGGAGCUCCGGGAUGCCGCCAACGCAGCGGAAGUUGCCGUGAAAGAUUUCCUCGUCGAUUCUUCGAUGCGCUUGGACGUCUUCCGCGCAAAGCAGGCAGCCAAGAAGAACAUCGAGGAAUCGAAGCGAGUGCUCUCGCCCGAGGAGCGCAGGCUUGUAGACAAGAUGAUUCUUGAUGGAACUCGAGCGGGUCUCGCGCUGCCUGACACGGAGAGGGAGAAAUUGACUACGCUCAACAAGGAGUUGUCCAAAACGUGUAGCGAGUUCUGUAAAAAUUGCAAUGAGGAGAAGGGCCACGUCUCGUUCACGCCGGAGCAGCUGAAGGGUGUUCCUACUGAUGUUCUCGCUGGUUACACCAAGCGCGCCGAAGGUGACCAGGAGGUCUACGACAUCACGUUCCAGUUCCAAGACAUUCUUCCACUUCUCAAAUUCGCCGAGAACCCGGAAACGCGCCGUGUCGCAUACCAACGUUUCGAUGGUCGUUUGGCUACCAACGAGCCCAUGCUUGGAAAGAUCCUUGACCUCCGCCGUCAAGUCGCGAAGUUGCUGGGAUAUGCCACGUGGGCAGACUAUGUCACCGAGGUCAAGAUGGUGAAGUCAGGGAAGGGCGUCGAACAGUUCUUGACAGACGUUCGGGAGAAACUUCGCCCUGUGGGACUGAAGGACCGCGAGGCACAUCUCGCGCUCAAGAAGAGAGAGCACGAAGAGAAGGGCUUCCCAUUCGAUGGCGAGUAUUACGUGUGGGACUCCAAGUAUUACGACCGGUUGUACGUCGAAGAGAGCCUCAGCCUGGACGACCAGCUCGUCAAGGAAUACUUCCCGGUGUCCUUUGUUGUGCCGACAAUCCUCGAGAUUUACCAGAACUUGCUCGGCGUCACGUUCGUGCAGAUUCAGGGAGAUACUUGGCACCCCGGCAUUCCUCGCCCGGACGCGUCCGCUCAUCUGGUGCUUUUAGACGUGCAGCAAUACGCUGUCUGGGAGAAGGAUGCCCAAGAUCAAUCCGACUUUCUCGGAUACUGUUACCUCGACAUAUACCCUCGAGAAUCUAAAUACCAGGGCGCCGCCGUCUGGCCCCUCAUCCCCGGACACGACGAAGCGGACGGCACGCGCCGCUACCCCGUCGCGGCCAUAGUUGCGAACCUUGCGAAGCCGGCGACCACGGAGCAGCCCGCGCUCAUAACCCACGCAGAUAUGGUGAUGUUCUUCCACGAGAUUGGACACCUCUUCCAUGAGCUGUUGAGCCACACGCGCUUCGCGCGAUUACAUGGGACGACGGUUGCGCUCGACUUUGGGGAGGCGCCGUCGCAGAUGCUCGAGAAUUGGUGCUACGAGCCGAAGGUGUUAGCGCGUAUGUCCAGCCACUACGAAACCAAGAAGCCGCUCGACAGUGAACUCAUCCAGAAGAUCAUUCAGAGUCGAUACGUCAACGUGGGACUGUUCUACCUAAACCAGGUUUCCUUCUCUGCAUUUGAUCUCAGAGUGCACAUGGACCAGGAGCAAGCCGACCUCACGCAGCUCUGGAAUGAACAACGAGAGUCUAUCGCCCUUCUCAAGGGCAGCGGGCUUCACGGCGGACCUGGUGCGUUCGGUCACAUUGCUGGUGGAUACGACGUCGGAUAUUAUGGAUACCUGUACUCGCUCGUCUUCGCAGCGGACAUGUACGCGACAGUGUUCAAGGCGGAUCCGCUCGACCCUGAGCGCGGGCGUCGCUAUCGCGAGCUGGUGCUCCGCCCAGGCAGCAGCAAGGACGAGAUCGACUUGCUCAAGGACUUCCUUGGUCGCGAGCCCACUUCUGAUGCGUUCAUCAACCAACUGUUUGGGGGGUCUUCUGCUUAG